ACUACUGAAAUAAUUCAUGUGCUUAUUGUUUCAGCACAAUUAGACUCAUUCCUGCUGUGUUUGUGACACUUACAAAAUGUAAACAAAAAUCCUACAUGCUUGCUUGUAUGGUCUUGUGGAAUUUUGGGAGUGUGUGUAUGGCACUGUGCUUUAUUUGGAAUUCAUUUGUAUCCAUAAUGUGUUUCAGUCCUUAACAAAAGUCCUUUUUGUGUAUGUGCCUGGACAGAGCAGUUUCCAAAAGUUUGUUUAGCUGACGCAGGCUUGGGUCAAUUGGUAGGGGGGGGGGGGGGUGACAAAGUAUGGAGCACAGACUGGCUGUGGUUCUGAAUGGACUGCAGUGUGUGUAGCUGUGCCUCAAGUCUGGGUGCAGUCGACAAAAUGGUCUCCGCUGUUGCAGCACGCGUUCUCCUCUCCCUCAUCAUUGUCAAUUUACUCCCUACGACUCCUCUUGUGGAGGAGGGACCUGUCCAGGCUGCUGAUGGAGCUGUUCGGGUGGCCCAGGGCAAGACCAGAAAGCGGGUGUUCCCAGUGUCCCACAUUCAGAAAACCAACCCCAUAUCUGAAGCCUACGGCUACUGCAACACCCCCAGCCCUACUGAACAAGCCUGGGAAGGUCACAGUCCAGCAGACUAUAAGCUCCUGUCUGUCCAUGUGAUGAUUCGCCAUGGCGACCGUUAUCCUCUCUACUCCAUCCCCAAGACCAAACGGCCAGCCAUCAACUGCACCCUGUCCACUAGCAGGAAUCCCUCACAUCCUCUGCUGAGAUCCUUCAUAAGUCACAUGGGCAAGGGAAACCUUGGGCACUGGGAGUCCCCAUUGGCAUCUCUCCCUCGCUUCCCCAAUCACAAUACUUGUGAGAUGGGAGAGCUCACACAAACCGGUGUGGUGCAGCACCUAUGGAAUGGGAAACUCCUCCAGCAAGCCUACCGGCCUCACAGUCUUGUCCCCUCUGACUGGUCACCUCAACAGGUAUGGGUGGAGACGACAGCGAAGAGCCGCACACUUCAGAGUGCACUGGCUUUUCUCUAUGGCUUCCUCCCAGAGUUCAACUGGAAGAAGCUGACCGUACAUCACCAGGGAAGUACGUUGUUCUGCGGCCCCGCCUGCGAUUGUCCUGCCAGGAACCGAUACCUUGAGGAGGAGCAGAAGAGACAAUACCGGCUCAGAGUGGCCGAUGUGGAACUAGAAAGAACUUACGCCGACAUGGCACGCACGUUAGGUAUUCCAACACGUAACCUCCGGGCCGCAAACCCAAUAGACUCUCUGCUGUGCCACUUGUGCCACGGCCUUUCUUUCCCAUGCGUUUCCAGGAAAGACGGUAGCACAGGCGAGUGUCUAACAAUACCCCAGUUUGCUGCCAUACGUCGUCAACAGCUCGAUGACGAAAAGGAUCGCAGAAGAGUGGGACUGUAUCGUAAAUAUGCAGUCCUGGCAAUGUACCCCUACCUCAACCGAACCGCCACCAAAAUGGAACGAGUAGCCAAGGCCGCCACAGGUAGCCGGCCGCCAAGAGCGGGAGGCGAAGAGAUAUUCACGCUCUCGUCUGCUCAUGACGUAACUGUGGCACCUUUGCUGAGUGCCCUGGGACUGGAGGAGGCCAGGUUUCCACCUUUUGCAGCAAGAUUGGUAUUUGAAUUGUGGAAAAGCACCUCAGCGUUUCAGGGACAAAAGGAGCCGGAGCUUGGCAAAGGCGGGAGGCCAAAAACAAGAGAUGGAGGAUGUUUUAUCAGGGUAUUUUACAAUGGAGAGGAUGUAACGUAUGAUACCACGUUCUGUCGCUAUCUUGACCGUCAUUCCAGUCAGCCUCUCUGCCCUCUGAAAAAGUUCCUUUCUUUUGUCAGGAGAGACAUCUUCAGUGUUGUCAAUGCUACUUCCUACCAGCAGGCCUGUUAUAGUCGUACAGGUUAACACAGGGUCAACCAUCAUGAAUGGGUUGGUGGCUAUGCAACCUAUCUUUCUUGGUGUCUGGUUUUGUUCUUUUACUUUUAAUGAUGAAUGGGAUAGCAAUGUUUUUUUAUGUUGUUUUGGGGCGCACAGACAUAACUCCAUUUACUAAAAAAAAUAAAACCCAAGAAAACAAAAGGCUAACAUUCCAGAGAACAAACACAUCUACCACUGCAGUCGAUGAAAUAUUUGUAAAACCUUAUAAUGUUUACAUUACAUCAAACUGACAAUGAUCUGCCUUUUUAGCAAGGGCAUUUUUAUGAAGCUCCUGUUUUUAUAGGAAGAGUGAGGCCGGGCUCUUGAGUUAUUUUAGCAAUAAAAUUCUUCUGAAUUCUCUCACAAGCAUUGUGGUAAAACAUGGUUCAAGAGAAUGGAUGUAGCACUAAGACACUUUAUUCUACCGCCCAGAUAUGGAACCAGAAAGGAAAUAGUAAUUUUUAAACAUUUUUAAAUGCUUGAAAAAAAAGACAACACUAAAGAUUGAUAUUGUAUGCUGGAUGAAACAUUUCUAGAAUUUGUGUUCAAUUGUGUUUAUGUGCAGCUUUUGUUUUCUUAUUAAAUCUUUUUCAAAGGUUUGGGCAAGUUUGCAGUUUAGAAAAUACACCUUUUGACAUUCAUGUUAAAACAUGACCUGACAAGACAAUAUUAUUAAAAUUGGCAUUGGAAAACA